AUGGGGUGGUCUCACUCAAGUGAGAAGGCUACUCCUCAAUGCAAGGGUGAAGGACCAUCAUUAAUGAUUUCAGAUAUGUUAACAUCAGAAUGGGGCCAGUUGCAGCAUGGUGACAAGUGUGUAUCACAGUUUGCAGCAUUGCAUGAAAUAAUGCUGACUGCAGGAAAAAAUCAGGAUGGGUACUUCUCUGCAUUAGAUCUGCUCAAACACGUGGAACACUCAAUCAAUAUCUUUGAGGACAAAACUAAUGGCUUCACAACUGGCUUGUUCAUGUUUGACAAUGCACCAAGCCACCAAAAACAAGCACCAGAUGCCCUGUCAGCUUGGAAAAUGCCAAAAAGACCUCACCAAAACUGGACACACCAUAAAGAUGGGCCACACAUGUGGAACAGCACAUUCAACAGUCAAUCACAAGAAUUUUAUUAUUGUGAUGAUCACCCAACCAUGCCUGGUUGGUUCAAAGGUAUGGAAACAAUUUUUCGAGAGUGGAAUCUCUGGCCUGCAACUGGGCUCAAUGCACAAUGUGAGGGAUUCAAGUGUUUUUAUUUUCAUUGGCCAUUCUUAUAUGCAAAUCAAUCUGCACAUUUUAUUUCUGCAUAUGUUCAAGGUCUUACUGGUGGCAAGGCAGCUUGGGCCAACCACCAAUACCAUGGACAUCAUACUCUGCCCCCCUCUAUGAUUCUUAAAGUUAAGGAGGCACUGAGAAAGGACUAA